UCCAAUGUGUUUCAGGUGCUGUUUGCUUUGAAUCAAACAUUACUGCAACACGAAAGUCUUCGAGCUGGCAGCUGGCAGGCUCCUUACACCACUGAAGACCUCAUCAAGCAUUACAACUGUGGUGACCUAAAUGCUGUUAUAUUCAACCAUGAUUCUUCACAGCUCCCUAAUUUCAUCAACACAACACUUCCUCCACACGAACAGGUUACAGCUCAAGAGAUUGACAGGUAUUUCCGACAGGAACUGAUCUAUAAGCGGAAUGAGAGAAUGGGAAAAAGAGUGAUGGCUCUCUUAAGAGACAACACUGACAAGAGUUUCUUCUUUGCCUUUGGAGCAGGUCAUUUCCUGGGCAACAACACUGUUAUUGAUGUGCUGAGGCAAGCAGGAUUUGAAGUGGAACACAUACCUGCAGGACAACCAGUGGAAAGUUCCAAGGCAAGCAGAUAUCACCCCUCCAAGGGCUCCUCUGCAACAGUUGUCCCUGUUGUCAUUGAGCACAUACAACUGUCUUCGUCUUCAGCACCUCCUCAUGCCAGUGAGGAAGAUAGCCUUCCUCCACACCUUCUAUUACCAGACAGCAUCAGCCAGCUAGAAGAAUUUGGACGUCAGAAAAAAUGGCACAAGAAACAAUUUAAAAUCCAUCGCCAAAGACAAUUCAAUGACCUCUGGGUCCGGAUAGAAGAAGGCACCACCACCGUGCCUUCUGAUAUGAGAACAACAAAUGGAUUCAUCUCUGUCGACCCAUCUAUUUGGUUCUCGAACCAGGUGGACCAGCAGCCACACCCAGACCUUGCAUUCCACCAUCAUCUCAAAAGUUGUGCCCUCAAAAGCACCACAGCAUCUUUCAUUGUCUCUGUCUUCGCAGCAAUGGCUUCUUUUCUUUUGGAUCUACUGAAUCCUUCCUGACAAAAGAAGAACUUUGAAGUGCAAUAUCCAAAACAGGAAAACAGAUAUCAUUUCACCUGAUAAUAUAUCUCCUCAGUUCCUUGCUUCACCUGGGCCUUUCAAGCAAAGAAGUGCU